UUCAUUCAUAACUUUCUCUUGUCGCUCCUCUCUCGUUCUCACCCACCCAUUCCCAAAUCGUGCUAUUUGGGUCUAGAGAGAGAAACACACCUUAUAGAGAGAGAAACGCGACCUCAGAAACCGCGUAAUUCACUUCCAUUCCUCGCUCAUCAACCGGAUUGUGUUUUUGGUUCUCUUGCCAUGGCUGCUACAGCAACUGCCGUGGGUCCUAGGUAUGCGCCAGCUGAUCCCACCCUUCCUAAACCAUGGAAGGGCCUUGUGGAUGGCAAGACAGGGUAUCUUUACUUUUGGAAUCCUGAGACAAAUGUCACCCAGUAUGAAAGGCCUUUGAGCUCAGCUGCCUCACCAAAGCCUUCUUCAGUGCCUAGCUCUUCUGUCCAGGUUCAACAAUCGUCUCAAGGGCGUGGUCGCAGUCCUGAUUUCAGUGAUAGAUAUGAUAGGAAUGGAAAUGGCGUGUCAGAUGAAAAUGGAUCUCGGAGCCAUCAGAGUUCCAAGGGUGGCACUUUUAGUUCUCAUAAUGAUGUUGCAAAUGGAACACAUGUUGCUGGAAAUGUUAGUUCUAUCAAAGGUCACAUAGCAUCAGAUACAGGACCUGCAUUAACUCCAGAGGCUUAUAGACGUCGUCACGAGAUCACUGUUACUGGAGAUAAUGUGCCUCCACCUGUUACAUCAUUUGCGACUUCUGGCUUUCCAUCUGAGAUUCUCAAAGAGGUACAAAAUGCUGGGUUCUCAGCCCCAACUCCAAUUCAGGCACAAUCGUGGCCCAUUGCUCUUCAAAGUAAAGAUAUAGUUGCCAUUGCUAAAACAGGUUCAGGGAAAACCUUGGGGUAUUUACUUCCAGCAUUUAUUCACCUUAAGCGCACUAAUAAUAAUGCCAAAAUGGGGCCCACUAUAUUGGUACUUUCACCAACAAGGGAGUUGGCAACACAAAUUCAAGACGAAGCUGUAAAGUUCAGUAAAACAUCAAGAAUCGCCUGCACUUGUUUGUAUGGAGGAGCACCAAAGGGUCCUCAAUUGAGAGAUAUUGACCGUGGAGCAGAUAUUGUGGUAGCCACACCUGGUCGCUUGAAUGAUAUUCUUGAGAUGAGGAGAAUCAGUCUACAUCAGGUCUCUUACCUAGUCCUAGAUGAGGCAGACAGGAUGCUGGACAUGGGUUUUGAACCUCAAAUUAGGAAGAUUGUGAACGGGGUGCCCGCUCGCAGGCAAACUCUUAUGUUUACAGCAACUUGGCCUAAAGAGGUUAGAAGAAUUGCAGCUGACCUGCUUGUCAAUCCUGUCCAGGUGAACAUUGGCAACGUAGAUGAGCUUGUAGCUAACAAGUCCAUCACUCAGCAUAUUGAAGUUUUGGCACAUAUGGAGAAACAGCGACGACUGGAAAGUAUUUUGCGUUCACAGGAUCAAGGAUCAAAGAUAAUUAUUUUUUGCUCUACCAAGAAAAUGUGUGAUCAACUUGCUCGUAAUCUUACACGCCAGUUUGGAGCUGCUGCUAUACAUGGGGAUAAAUCCCAGGCUGAUAGGGAUCAUGUGUUGAAUCAGUUUCGAAGUGGAAGGACUCCUGUACUUGUAGCCACAGAUGUUGCUGCUCGUGGAUUGGACGUCAAAGACAUUAGAGUGGUUGUCAACUAUGACUUCCCUACAGGAGUGGAGGAUUAUGUUCAUAGGAUCGGAAGAACUGGGAGGGCUGGAGCCACCGGUAUAGCUUACACUUUCUUUGGGGACCAGGAUGCUAAACAUGCUUCAGAUCUCAUCAAAAUCUUAGAGGGUGCAAACCAGAAAGUCCCUCCAGAACUUCGUGAAUUGUCAUCCAGGGGUGGCGGUGGGUUUGGCAGAUCCAGACGAUAUAGUUCUGGUGGUCGUGGCGAUUCUGGAUUUGGCGCGAAGAGUUAUGACUCUGGGUAUGGUGGAAGGGGUAAUGAUUCAGGAUAUGGUGGAAGGGGUAGUGAUUCAAGUUAUGGAGGAAGAGGUGGAUACGGGUCUUCUGCUGCUUUUGGCAGAGGUGGAGGCCGAGGAUUUGACUAUGACUCACAGAGGAAUGAACGAGACCGAAGCCCCGAUAGGGGAUCUAGCUGGAGUGAUCGCUUCAAAACUCGGGAGCGCAGCCGCAGUCCCGUCAAAGCUACAGCAUCUGCAGCAUCUCAAUAUACCCCGGGAGUCAGCUUUCAUCAAGCAAUGAUGGAACGCAAUGGAGGAGGCAGUGAUCGCAACAAGAGCUUUAACCGGGAGAGAAGCCGCAGUCAUAGUCCUUAUAGACAGGACAAGGGAAAAAGUUCACGAUCCCCUCCUGGCGGUGGUCGGACCAACAGUAGUCCUCAGAAAGGGUGGGGAGGAUCUUCAGGUGUUGGAAGAAAUGGUGGUUCUCAUCCUUACAAUGGAGAAUUGGAGGAAGGGAUGAUUCCUGAAGAAGAAGGAAUGAUAGGUCAUGAUGAAUCUUCUAUAUAUCGAAGUGCAAAUUAGAAUUUUGGCUAUUUCUACUUUAACGAUAUGUUAAGGUAAUUUUGGUCCGCUAUCAGUAUUUUGAAAGACAUUGGCACAUGGACAUUUGCAAGAUAUAGGAUCUGGUAGUGGAAUUAAUGGCAAAUGUAUAUUUUGAGAAGCUAAGUAAAAGUCUGAUAGGUGAAGAAGAACCUAGUAACAAAUAUGUUAAUGGUUGCCUGAUAGGUGAAGGACUUAGUAACAAAUAUGUUGAUGGUUUUAUGUUUAUUAUUUUGGUAAAGGUUUAGUUUAUAUCUUCUACACAGCCAGACUAGAAAUUGUUUAAGCCAACUAUGAAAUGUUGCAUCCAUCGUUUUCUGAUUGAGCUGCAUCAUAGUUUUUUUGUUAAAGGAAGCAGCGAACAAAUGUGACUUUCUUAUAUUGA